UUCAAGUUUAAUAAUUUGGGUCCCAAAAAAUUUAAUUUUAUGUUAAUAACACUUCUGUAAUGGUUUUUAUCCAUUUGUGUGUCUGUGAUUAUUAUUUAAGCUAUUUUUUGGUUUUAAUUGAGUGAGAGUUGUGCCAACUUAGGAGCGGCCAUUUUUAUAACCAAAAACUAGUGAUUGAAGCGGUGAUAAAAAUGGUUAGCUUUGUGCACUAGUGUUUGAAAAUAAUGUAUUUAAAUGAAAUUAGAGUCUGAAUUAUGUUGAUUGGAUCGUAAUUGUGGUGUCUUUGGUGUGUUUUCGUGCGUUGCUGACGCUUUUUCAAAAGUGAGGUUAGGUCAUUUCGUUCCUGUCUCAAAAUAAGCCAAAAUGCCGCGUAUUAUGAUAAAAGGGGGCGUUUGGCGCAACACUGAGGAUGAGAUCCUCAAGGCCGCUGUUAUGAAAUAUGGGAAAAACCAGUGGUCUCGAAUCGCUUCGCUCCUCCACCGGAAGUCAGCAAAACAGUGUAAAGCCCGUUGGUUCGAAUGGUUGGACCCCAGUAUCAAAAAAACGGAAUGGUCUCGCGAAGAGGACGAAAAACUCCUCCAUUUAGCCAAACUAAUGCCGACACAGUGGCGCACAAUAGCCCCCAUAAUCGGGCGCACGGCCGCUCAGUGUCUCGAACGCUACGAGUACCUCCUCGACCAAGCCCAGAAGAAGGAGGAAGGGGAGGAUGUGAGUGACGACCCCCGGAAACUCAAACCGGGGGAAAUUGACCCCAAUCCGGAAACGAAGCCUGCAAGGCCCGACCCCAAAGACAUGGACGAGGAUGAACUGGAAAUGCUCUCAGAAGCCCGCGCCCGAUUGGCCAACACCCAAGGCAAAAAAGCGAAACGAAAAGCGCGCGAAAAACAACUCGAAGAAGCGCGUCGAUUGGCAGCCCUGCAAAAACGUCGCGAACUUCGCGCCGCUGGCAUCGAAGUAAAUUCUCGACGCAAGAAAAAACGCGGUGUAGACUACAACGAAGAAAUACCAUUUGAAAAGCGUCCAGCAAUCGGUUUUUAUGACACAUCUAAUGAACUAGUCGAUCCAAUGGCCCCCGAUUUUCACAAAAUGCGCCAACAGCACCUCGACGGCGAACUGCGCAGCGAACAAGAGGAGCGCGAACGUCGCAAAGACAAGCAAAAAUUAAAACAACGCAAAGAGAACGACAUACCCCAAGCCAUGCUCGGCGGGGGGCACCAAGAACCACCGAAAAAGCGCUCCAAAUUGGUACUUCCCGAACCCCAAAUCACCGAUUUGGAGUUGCAACAAGUGGUGAAGUUGGGUAAAGCGAGUGAAGUUGCACGUGAAGUAGCCUCCGAGAGUGGCAUCGAGUCGACUGAUACACUUUUCAACGAUUAUUCGAUAGCCCCCCAGGCGGGGGCGACGCCCCGAACACCAGCCCCCCAAACCGAUCGCAUCCUCCAAGAGGCCCAGAAUGUCAUGGCAUUGACUCAUGUCGAUACCCCACUCAAAGGUGGGGUCAAUACCCCACUUCACAAUUCCGAUUUUUCAGGGGUUUUACCACAAGCGCUCACUGUUGCUACCCCUAAUACGGUUUUGACGACUCCUCAAACACCUCAAACGCCAGGGUUUGCGACCCCUCAAAGUUUCACCCCUUCGGUUCGUGAUAAGUUGAGUAUUAAUGUUGAGGAAGGGGGGCACACACCAGUGGUACAAAAUACAGUUAAGGAACAGUUAAGAUUGGGGUUGAGUAGUCUUCCGAGCCCCAAAAACGACUAUGAAAUUGUCGUUCCUGAACAUGAAGAAGAAGAAGAGGAAAAAAUUGAAAAUAUUGUUAAUAAUAUUGAAGAUCAAGCCGAUAUUGAUGCUCGUGCGGUGGAAGAGGCACGAAUUAGGGCUAUUCAAGAGUUGGCAUUGCGUUCGCAGGUGAUUCAAAGGGGGCUGCCGCGCCCCCAUGAUGUCAAUUUAGCCGUUUUACGGCCGGGUCAUGAAUCCCACUCAUUAACAGAAUUGCAAAAAGCCGAAGAAUUGAUCAAGUGUGAAAUGGUGACAAUGUUACAAUAUGACAACUUGAAAAAUCCAAAUGUUACUAAACGUUCAGCUUUGGCACAAGCACAACAGUUGGCAUUCCUGGAACAGCAUCCUUACGACGAUUUUAAAUCCGAUGAUUUAAAAAUGGCCAAACAAUUACUCAAACGUGAAAUGGAAGUGGUUAAAUAUGGAAUGGGGCAUGGGGAGUUGCCCCUGGAGGCCUACACUCAAGUGUGGGAGGAGUGUCUCGGACAGGUGCUUUUCGUCCCCAAUUUGAAUAAAUACACAAGGGCGAAUUUGGUGUCGAAAAAAGAGAGGUUAGAAUCAGCGGAGAAAAAAUUAGAACAGAAUCGCUCCCAUAUGGCGAGAGAGGCGAAAAAAGCGGCGAAAAUGGAGAAAAAAUUGAAGAUUUUGACUGGGGGCUAUCAAUCGAGGGCGCAGGCCCUUAUUAAACAACUGCAGGAUUAUUUCGAUCAAAUUGAUCAAGCCAAUUUGGAGUUGAAUACGUUCAAGUUUUUGCAAGAGCAGGAAAAGGCGGCUUUGCCGAGGCGUAUACAGUCGCUCACGGAGGAUGUUAAUCGGCAAAUGGAGCGGGAGAAAGUGUUGCAAGGGCGUUAUGGGGAGUUGCAAGGUCAGAUAAAGGAGUUGCAAGGUGAGUUGGAGAAGUUGCAACAGGAGAUUGAAGUUGUAAGUGGGGAACAGGAGAGUGGGGGGGUGUGAUUAAAAUGAAUAAAUUGAGU